CCAAGACGACGCUGCUGCAGACGGAUGCAGUCAUCCAAAUGCAGAUGGCGGUGGAUCAGGCUCAGAUGCAGAACUUCAGCUCCAUGUUCAUGCCAGCCGUCGAGUCGGUGAAUCCGUGUCUCAUCCUGAUCGUCCGGCGGAAGGACAUUGUGGGAGACACCAUGGAGGUCCUCAGGAAGUCCAAGAACGUGGACUACAAAAAACCACUGAAGGUGAUAUGUGGGGAGGAGGCGGUCGAUGCAGGUGGGGUGAGGAAAGAGUUUUUUCUGCUGAUCAUGAAGGAGCUGCUGGAUCCUAAAUAUGGAAUGUUUCGUUACCAUGACGACUCAAGGCUCAUCUGGUUUUCAAACAAGACGUUUGAGGACAUCGACCUCUUUCAUCUGAUUGGGGUCAUCUGCGGUCUGGCCAUCUAUAAUUUCACUAUCGUGGAGCUGAACUUUCCGGUGGCCCUUUACAAGAAGCUGCUGAAGAAGAAGCCCACACUGGAUGACCUGAAAGAGUUGCAGCCCGCCGUGGGAAGGAGUCUGCAGCAGCUGUUGGACUACCCAGAGGACGACCUGGAGGAGACCUUCUGCCUGAACUUCACCAUCACAGAAGAUAACUACGGAGCCACCGAGGUGUUGGAACUCGUUCCAAACGGUGAAAACAUCAACGUGAAUAAAUCCAACAGGCAAGACUUUGUUGAUGCGUACAUCGACUACAUGUUCAACACUUCGGGCCCGCUGUUUGAAUGUUUCUACGCCGGUUUCCAUAAAGUCUGCGGCGGGAAAGUUCUUGAACUUUUCCAUCCAAAUGAACUGCAGGCCAUGGUGAUCGGAAACACCAACUACGACUGGACGGAGCUCCAAAAGAGCACGGAGUACAAAGGCGAGUACUGGGCCGACCAUCCCACCAUCAGACUCUUCUGGGACGUCUUCCAUGACCUUCCUUUAGAGAAGAAGAAACAGUUUCUGUUGUUUCUCACAGGAAGUGACCGCAUUCCCAUCCUGGGCAUGAAGAGCCUGAAGCUUGUGAUCCAGCCCACAGGUGGAGGGCAGCAGUACUUACCUGUCGCUCACACCUGCUUCAACCUGCUUGACCUGCCAAAGUACACGAGCGCUCAAACUCUGAGAGAGAAACUUUUACACGCCAUAGAUCACAACCAGGGCUUCAAUCUGGCCUGAGCUUCAGACGAGGAGACGCCAGACUCAUGACGUCAUAUUUGGACACGACUAGCUGAAGAUGAUGUGUUGGACUGAUGGCGAGGAGUCAAACUGUCUCUGAUGUUGAUUUCAAACGUUCUGAUAUCUCAGUAUUUUAGAUUACAAUCAUUCCUGGUUACCGUAA